UUGCCGACGGAAUCGCCACCUGCCGGAUUCGCGCAGAAAGUGGUUAGAAGUAUUGGAUUGUUGGUGUUUUUUCAUGGACGCGAUUUUGCGGGCGAAAAUACGGAGAAUCUGCAACAGCUGCGUGCGAUCCUGCUAGCAUAAACUCAGGUACUCAAUCGGAUGCGCUGGAUCGAAAAGAAAUUCCGCAACUUCCACAACAGAUAGCCAGUUUUAGCGAUGGUGGACAACCAGUGGGAGGAAAAUAGGAAUACGACUUCACUGUGUGAUGUCAAUACGGAGGAUCUCCUUUUGGUUGGUGGUUUGAACAGCCAGGAGACAUUUCAUUGCAUUGAUAGCAUUUUGAGGGGAACUGAUAGUCAGGAAAUUGCCACAUUAUCCCAGAUUAUGGAUCAAAAUGAUGGGCAGCAUCUUCCUCUUAAUGCUGACUUGGCUGCUAUAGCCUACAACGAUGUGAAGCCUGAGCCAGAGCAUUGGGAUCAGUUCCCUACACUCAACGAUGUGUCCGGGGAUAGUGGCUUUGAGGUGUUCGUACCAACGUCAAAGAACAACUCCACUUCGACUUAUUCAGCGGAACUGAACAAAAUUUUCAUUAAGCCCAGUUCAUUGCUGAAGCUUGAUGUUCUUUACAAUACCAAGCUCUACGGGAAGAUGUUCCUGCGGACAAUGAUGGUCUACCCGGAUUGUCAGUACGAACCCGUUGUUCGCUGUAAUAAUCACAAAGUCCAAAAUGGCAAAGUUGAGACACCUGGACAGGAGUGUCAUGUUAUCAAGUGUCCGCAUGACAAUGUAACGUAUGUUGGUGCGGAAAAUGGUAAAAAGUUCCGCGAUCGUCUUGCAUUGAUCUUCCCGCUGACACCGCAGCAAAAAUGUGAGAAUAAUGAUAAAGUUUUGGCAUCUGUUGAUAUGCUGUUCGUGUGUCAGAAUUCCUGUCCAUCUGGCAUGAAUCGCAGGGCGACUGUUUUGUUCCUCACACUUGAGGAUGAACGAGGCAACAUGUAUGGUCAAAAGACCAUAAACUUGAAGAUUUGCACAGUGCCACGAAGGGAUAAGGAUAAAGAGGAAUCCCUUCCGGAGAAGAAGAAGCGCAAAUCUUCAACACCAUCAACCCCAUCGAGCAGCAAGAAGGUUUGCCGUACUGUUCCGGAGAGUGCAGCAGCAGCCUUCAAUGGGCAAGUAAAGAGUGAGCAUCACGACGUGGAGGAAACAUUGCCGACAAAUCAGGUUCAAUGUGAGAGAGUUUCCAGUGCAGAAUCUCUCACAUCUGGCAUUGCCUGCAAGAUUAUUAUGCCAGAUUGUGAAUCAAUGUGCAAUGUUCUUCAUUUUGCACGCAAUGAAUUAGCAGGGAAGAUGGUGGAUGAUCCCGAUAAUGCACCGCGUUACGGGAAGUUCAUGAAGAAUAUCAAGAAAUUGCAGCAAUCUCUUCCUCCGGGCAAUGAGCAUAAUAACUAAAACUGCCAUCUAUCAACAUAGAAACUUAAGAUAAAACUUUAAACUAUUUUUUUUUACAAAUGGGCACUACUGACAAUUUUUAUUUAUAUUAUAUGUAGUUAUUUUCAGCUACUGACAAGGUUCCCUUUAUUAUAACUACUUAAGCAUCUUUGUAAAGUACCUUCGUAUUGAAGGUACUUUUAUAAAUAGAUUGACAACAAGAACAAGAAAAUAAAUACAAAAGUAUUGCUAAUGAAUUAUAAAAGAAAAUCAUUAAAGAAUGAGCAAAAGUGACGGAAUGCGAAUGAAUUCAUUGAGAGAUUUAUUCUACAUUUACAUCAAAGUUUCUGUAUUAAAGUUAAAGAAUUAAUUAUUAUUACAAUAUUAUUUUAAAUUGUAAGACAAUCAGUAGUGCCCCCAACAUGAUGAUGAGCUGUGGAACGCAAUGUUUUUUUUGCAAAUAUUUUUCUUAUUUUUUGUCGUACAUUGUGAUUUAUCUAUUGAUAAGAUACAAUCAGAUGUACUUUUUUUUGUAAUUAGUUUUAAGUGAAGCAAAGUGAGGUUGUCGUUGGGAGUGAGAAAACAUUAUCUUCUCACUUUACUUAAUGAUUCUUUUGAUGAUGAUGAUGAUGAUUUGUGAAGACAUUUGGGUGGAAAAUCUCGUUGGAAGAAAAUAUUUUUCAUUCAAAAUUUUCAUUUUUGAUUGAAAAAAAUUCCAAAGAAGUACAAAAAAGAAUUUCUUUAAACUAAAAGGAAGUUCUCAGGAGAAUUAUUGUAAAAUAAUUUGUAAAAUAUCAAAAAGAAAUUCAAAGAGAAAUUGAAAAAAAAAGUCACAAAACAUUUCCAACAAGAAUAAAUGAGUGGAGAUAGAUGGAAUGCGGGAUUUUGGUGCCACCCAAUGUUUUUUGUGUUUAAAAUAAAGUUAUUUUAUUAAGUUUCAUAAAGACAUUAUUGCAAAAAAGUAUGAAAAGAAGAAAUAUAUCUUUAUACAUAACAA